UGCCGCUUUGCCGGCCCCUUCCUGCCUCGUCCACGCUGCUGCUGCCGGCAGCGCCUAGGCCUCGUCGCGGCGCGGGGAGUGCAAACAAAUUACAUUGCAUCAUGGCGACAGAUUCUAUGGAAAUUGAUGAUGCUUUAUAUAGUCGCCAGAGAUAUGUUCUUGGAGACACAGCAAUGCAGAAGAUGGCUCAGUCCCAUGUCUUCCUGAGUGGUAUAGGUGGUCUUGGUGUGGAGAUUGCCAAAAAUAUAAUACUAGCUGGGGUAAAGGCUCUUACAGUUCAUGACACCAAGCAGUGUACGAAAUGGGAUUUAGGGAUCAACUUCUUCAUCCGUGAAGAUGAUAUUACCAGUCAAAAGAACAGGGCUGAGGCCACACUUCAUCAUAUUGCAGAACUCAAUCCAUAUGUCCAUGUUGCAGCAUCAACUAUGCCACUAGACGAUAGCACAGAUCUGUCUUUCCUAAAGCAAUACCAGUGUGUCAUUUUGACUGAAGUAAGCCUGUUGCUGCAGAAGAAGAUUAAUGACUUUUGUCAUGCUCAGCAGCCACCUAUUAAGUUCAUCAGUGCAGAUGUCUAUGGAAUAUGUUCACGUUUGUUUUGUGACUUUGGUGAUGAAUUUGAAGUGCUGGAUACAACAGGAGAGGAACCAAAGGAAAUCUUCAUUUCAAACAUCACACAAUCAAAUCCUGGUAUUGUCACUUGCCUUGAAAAUCAUCCACACAGGCUUGAAACAGGACAGUUUUUAACCUUUCGGGAAGUUAAUGGAAUGUCAUGUUUAAAUGGAUCGACACACCAAAUAACAGUGGUGUCACCUUACUCCUUCAGCAUUGGUGAUACUACAGAUAUGGAGCCUUACUUACAUGGAGGCAUAGCUAUCCAAGUGAAGACACCCAAGAUGUUUUACUUUGAACGGUUAGAGAAGCAGCUAACAAAUCCAGUAUGCCUUGUUGCAGAUUUUAGCAAGCCUGAGGCCCCUCUACAGAUCCACAUUGCCAUGCUUGCCUUGAACCACUUCCAGGAGAGCUUUGGUCGCAUCCCAAACAUUGGAUGCCUUCAGGAUGCUGAGGAAAUGCUGAAAAUAGCCAUGUCUGUAAGUGAAACACUGGAAAACAAGCCUCAGGUGAAUGGAGAUGUGGUGAAGUGGCUCUCUAGGACUGCUCAGGGAUUUUUAGCUCCUCUGGCUGCAGCAGUGGGUGGUGUUGCUAGCCAGGAAGUCUUGAAGGCAGUAACAGGAAAAUUUUCUCCGUUGCAACAAUGGCUAUAUAUAGAUAUGUUAGACAUUGUUACACCACUAGAAAAGACAAGCUGUGAAGAAUUUCUCCCACGGGGAGAUAGGUAUGAUGCCUUGAGGGCUUGUAUUGGAGACUCUCUGUGCCAGAAGCUGCAUGAUUUGAAUGUUUUCUUGGUUGGCUGUGGAGCAAUAGGCUGCGAAAUGUUAAAAAACUUUGCGCUUCUUGGUGUUGGUACUGGACAAGACAAAGGAUUGGUUACAAUUACAGAUCCAGACUUGAUUGAGAAAUCCAACCUCAACAGGCAGUUUCUUUUUCGACCUCAUCAUAUACAGAAACCUAAAAGCUAUACUGCAGCAGAAGCAACUCUGAACAUCAAUCCGUCCUUAAAGAUUGACUCAUACAUUAAUAAAGUUUGUCCAGCCACUGAAAACACUUACAGUGAUGAAUUCUAUACCAAGCAAGAUGUGAUUGUGACGGCUUUGGACAAUGUUGAAGCAAGGAGAUACAUUGAUAGUCGUUGUGUAGCAAACCUGCGUCCCCUUAUAGACUCUGGAACUAUGGGAACUAAAGGACACACAGAAGUUAUUGUGCCUCAUCUGACAGAGUCCUAUAACAGUCAUCGGGAUCCACCAGAAGAAGAAAUACCUUUUUGCACCUUGAAGUCUUUCCCAGCUGCCAUUGAGCAUACGAUACAGUGGGCAAGGGAUAAGUUUGAAAGUACAUUUUUUCACAAGCCUUCCUUGUUUAACAAAUUUUGGCAAGCCUAUACGUCUGCAGAAGAAGUUUUACAGAGAAUAAAAUCAGGAGAGAGUUUAGAAGGCUGUUUUCACGUUAUUAAAACACUUGGUAGGAGACCCCGAAACUGGACUCAAUGUGUGGAACUAGCAAGAGUAAAAUUUGAGAAAUAUUUUAGCCAUAAGGCUCUUCAGCUCCUUCAUUCAUUUCCCCUCGAUACACGAUUAAAAGAUGGAAGUUUGUUCUGGCAGUCACCAAAGAGGCCGCCUUUUCCAGUGAAGUUUGAAUUUAGCAAUCCUUUGCACUAUGCUUUCAUUGUGAGUGCCGCGAAACUCUUUGCAACAGUGUACUGUGUUCCUUUCACAGAAAAGGAUUUCUCAGAAGAAGUUAUUUUGAAGAUAAUUUCAGCUGUAAAGGUACCGGAAUUCAGACCUUCAAAUAAGGUUGUACAGACAGAUGAAACUGCAAGGAAACCAGAUCAUAUUCCAGUCAGCAGUGAAGAUGAAAGAAAUGCUAUUUUCCAGCUGGAAAAGUCUAUAUUAUCCAAUGAAGCUUUGGAAAGUGACUUGCAGAUGAAGCCCAUCUCCUUUGAAAAAGAUGAUGAUAGUAAUGGGCAUAUAGAUUUCAUAACAGCUGCAUCAAACUUGAGAGCCAAGAUGUACAACAUUGAACCAGCAGAUCGCUUCAAAACAAAGCGCAUUGCUGGAAAGAUCAUUCCUGCAAUUGCAACAGCUACUGCUGCAGUGUCAGGGCUGGUUGCACUGGAACUCAUCAAAGUUGUGGGUGGCUAUGCUGCUGAUGCAUACAAGAACUGUUUCCUGAACUUAGCCAUUCCGAUAAUAGUCUUCACAGAAACUGCUGAAGUAAGAAGAACUGAAAUAAGAAACGAGAUAUCAUUUACAAUCUGGGACAGGUGGACAAUUUAUGGAAAAGAGGAUUUUACACUCUUGGACUUCAUAAACGCUGUCAGAGAGAAAUAUGGAAUUGAACCAACUAUGGUUGUACAGGGAGUCAAAAUGCUGUAUGUUCCUGUGAUGCCAGGUCACAUUAAAAGAUUAAAGCUGACGAUGCAAAAGCUUGUGAAACCAUCAGCUGAUAAAAAGUAUGUGGAUUUGACAGUAUCAUUUGCUCCAGAGACUGAUGGAGAUGAAGACUUGCCAGGGCCACCAGUGAGAUACUACUUUGUUCAGGAAGACAAUUGAUGACAGAGAUGCAAAAGUCACUCCAGGACCAUUUGUUUUGAAGGGAGUGUGCUAAUUUUCAGCUAUUAAAAUUGGUACUAUAUAUUUCUUUUUGGUGAAGCCUUAAUUAAAACAAACAGUGAAAAUCAGUGGCUUGCACUGAAGACAAACUGGAUUUAUGUUUCAUCUGCUCCUGUUUUCUUCAUGCCUGUUUCCUCAAAAGGAAGAUUGGUCACUCCAUGAAAUGGAAUGUCCAGUACAGUCCUUAUGAUAAAGACAAGAUUUGUAUUAAUUUAUGGGGAGCUGAAGAAAGUAAGAAGAACAGUGAAUCUUAUAAAUUAUUCGUGUGUGCAAGUUAAGUGUUGCUUAGAGAAGAGUGUAAAAAUUGGGGAAACUAGUUUUAUGAGAUUCCUGGUGCUCUGAGAACAUCUCAAAUCCAUAUCCUAUGUUAUUUCCUUCUAAAAGUAGAAUUUCAGCCUUGCUAUCUACACACGAGGAAUAAUCUAUCCAAAUGUCUAAAAUCCCACAUGAAAGCAGAUGAACUGUUUCAUUAUGUUGGCACUUUCUUUUGCACUCUUAGUAAUGCUGUAUCUUAGAGCAGCUAUCUUAUGUCAGUCUUAUAAUGGAAACAUAAGGGGACAAAUCUCAAACAGGUGUAAAUUGUCCUAGCUCCCCUGAAGCCAAGAGAGCUGCAGUUGAUCGUUAUGGACACUAAGACUGUUCUUUGGGGAAUACUGCAAUAGGGGAGAGUGGAACCCUAGCGGAGAGCUGAGCCAACACUUUCAUGAUAAAACCUUUGUCUCCAAGAAUGAGAAAAUGUUUGGCAUGGUUGAGCCUUUCUACUCUCACCAAAUGAAAAGCACUGUAGUGAGGGAUGACGUUGAAAGGAGGAAGGGCAAAUGGCCAUGAAGGUUUGUCAUAGCAAACGUUGUGUCCUCAGCUGCUCCUCUUUGUACCACUUUCCUAUAGUGAAUGCUUCUGCUGUACCUCUGUCCACAGUGCCAGUCUGAGUUACACAGAACACUGAUUUAAAAAAAAAAAUUUUUUUUAGUCACCUUCAACCAGUAGCUUGGCUAGCUAACUGAAGAAUCUGUUUAUUUGGAAAUAAUUAGGGACUAGCUUUGCUGCUGUGGUGAGGAAGAGGUACAAUGCAGAAGCAUCUGUGACAACACCUUACUUUCUCUAUCAUUUAAACACUGGAUAGUUGAGCCAAUAGUUCUUUUUUUUUUCUUUUUUUUUCUUUUUUUUUCCUGAUGAUGAUAGAGUGAAAUGAGAUUAGAAUAAAAAACCUACUGAAUUGGAAAAGCUUUUGUUUUUUUAAGCUUUGGAAAUAGUGAAUGCACAGUAUUUUCAUACAGCUGUUGCAAAAGCUAUUGUCUUCUUAGAAUCAAUUAUCAUUGAGUAUAAUUUAUUUACAUUUAAUUAACAUUAUUGGUCAAUAUUUCUGCCUCCCCCUUUCCUUCUCAGUGAGUUGUAGUCAGGAACAACAGCCAUUAGGCUAGGGACUUGGACACUAAAAGGUAUGGAACUGAAAAGCUGGAAUCGACACAAUUAUUCCAAUAUUUGGGAAUUAGUCUUAUGUGCAGUGUAUCUUCCUGGAAGGUGUAUAUAGUUUUACAGUCAGUAUAGUUUAUAGAUAUAACUUUAUAAUAAUACUGCUUUGUAAACUAACUUAUUUAAUUUUUUAAGAACUUACUGUAGAGAAACUCUUUGAGGUAGGAGAAAAGAUAGCUACUUUUAGAGUAGACUACCUUUCAAGAGGGCACAAGCAGACAGUAAGUUUCUGCUUCUAAAUAACAACUGAAGAAUAUUUCCCUGUGGAAGUAUUAGAAUCUAGAAUCUAACUGAAAUCACUAAUUAGUGAUAAGGAUCACUUAUUUAGGGAAAAUCAAAAGCAAUAUUAUCUGUCAAAACUGGAGGCAAGGACACUCUGCUACGUCAGUAUGGUGUUAACAUCACGCUUAUACGUUAAAAGUAGGUAGCAUAUAAAAAUUAUAUUAGCCUCAGUAGUUUACUGGAAUGCCAUCUGAUUGCCCUUACGAUUUAAAGUUAGUUUUCAGGCCUAAUUUUUGGAAUGGUGUUAUUAAUGCGAACACAUACAGCUUUGUGAUAUCUUGCCAGAAAUUCCAAAUGAAGCUCGGCAGGUGUCAGGGCCAGAAUUAACAAAUACGGCUGUAUCUCUGUAUUGCUUUUACUGAGCCUAUCUGUUGAAUGGAUUUCUGUUCUACAGAUGGCUUCUGCUCAGUUAAGCAAACAAUGAUGGACAACCUGAAAAUUCACAAAGGCUCUCAAUAUUCCUUAGCAGACCCUUAAAAUUUUCUGAUUGUAGGUUAACCUGGGUAAAACUUUACAAGCAACCUAAAGAGGACUUUAUAUGAAAGAACUGUGUGCACCAAGUGGCUGAUUAAAAUUGUUUUUUGUGUUUCAAAAAUUUCUGAAUUGCUGAUACAGAGGGUGAACGUAUUCCUGUUAGAGAUUGUGCAGAAUGGAGUGAGGUGAGUCAGUGGAAAUUUAUCUAAUACAGCCAGUUUCUCAAUCUAGUGCUGCUUCCUACCAGAAGUCUGAGUCGUUGUUUGGUGGGAAUACAGUCAAAGGACUUGCUUAAACUGGGCAAGUGAACUUUGGGCAGGGGAUGCUGAUUUGUCAGAUCUCCAGUACUGUUCCUACCAGUUUUAGCAGGGCAGAAGCUUCUCGCACUACCCAGAACAUGAGAACUGUUCUUGAGCUUUGUAAGGAAAGCUUGUGCAUGUCAAGGAUUGCUUGAUGUUAUGUCCCCUGGGCCGCAACUAGAGCUGGCCAUCUCCCUGCCGCAGCGAAGAAUUGCCUUCUGCCAGAACACUUCAAGCAGUUCUCCUUCAAAAUGUUGUUCUUUGCAAGAGUAGUUGAUUUGUGGAGAUCAAGUUUAAUACCAGCAGUCAAAAUCUUCACUGCUUUCUUACAGCAUCUACUCACACUAGCUUUCCAUUUUCCUUAUUUUCUCACAGCUCUUAAUAGUUAUAGGAAUGGUCAUGCAUAUAAAACACAAGGCAUUUUGCUGCCAGCUCAAGUGCUUAUCAUGGCUAGUCUCCAUGUUGUCUUAAGAGUGGUGGGGAGUCUAUGUUUUAUUAUGCUGCUGUUAAGAAGACUGUUGGCAGAUAAAGCCUGGUAGUUCAGGUGGAUUUAAGACUUCACACAUCUAGUGAGUAAAAAGUAUAAGUUUUUAUCUUUUUACCUCCUUUCCAAAUGUUUGUGCAUUUAUUUGGUGAAGAAAAAAAGUGUUAUUCAAGAAUAAUGAAUACAUAGAAAAUUUCUGGAACUAGCUGGGCAUCCGCAAAUGCAGGAGCUCUCCCUGUCACCUCAUCAUGGCAUCUCGCAUCCUGAAGGAAUGAUGGGGCUCUCUUAGCAGGUUUGAGCUAGGCAGAGUUUUGAUAUGUAUGUCGGACUGAUAUCAAACAUAAGUCAAGGCUUUAGAGAAGUUUGUGCCUUUAUCUUUGGAAACAGUGCAGCUGUAGGCCAGUUUGAUGAAAGAGGAAACGGAUUUCAGACAAAUGCAAAUGGCUUGAUGUCGCCUCUGUAUGCCAGAAGGUUGAUCUUUCUCUGUUAGUUAUCUACUGUUUAGUAAUGCUGGAAACUGGACUGUGCUGCAGAAUAGUGCAGCAAUCUAAACUUUUAUCUAAAGGGUUAUACAUUCUGACCAGAUAGCUUCUGCGAGAUUAUUUUUGUAAAAGUGUCUUUCGGUAUCUUCUCUGUGGUUGAUGAAACCACUAGUGUGGGGGUGUGGGCUUCUGUCUAUUCUGCAGAAUACUUAAGGCUCAGGGUUCAAGUUAUCAUAGAUUACAGCAUUAAUGAUCACACUGGAAAAACUAUCCUGUUAGCAAAUGGAUCACUUUACAUAGUGAAGGCAAGGUAUCAUAAAGAAGUAUUAAGUUUCCACUUCUCAUGGCAGUGUACAAAUUUCAGUUUCAUGUUAAGAAAAAGCUGUGACUCUAAUCUAGUCCAUGUGGAGCAGCAGCAUCCUCACAAAGUCAUCUUAAAUAUUUUCAUGAAAAGAAAAUUCUAAUGCUGUGGGCAGGGGGAAAUCAUUGCUCAACAAAAAUAUAUGAAAAUUCACAGUAUAAAGUGAAAUCCUUUAUCUUUUUCAUUAAUGAUGAUGGUUGUAACUGUAGGGAAACUCUUACAUGAGAUGAAGUUGAAAGCUGGAAAUGACAGAGCUGCUCUUUGGAAAGCCACAGAAAUCACUGGUGCUUUACACAAGUGCAGCUGUCCAGCAGGGUGAGGAUGACAUCUUGGCAGUGUGGACUUUGCUCCCAGAUGGGUGUUACCACGACUUAGGGGCUUGUGGUUGCUUAAAUCGGUUGGAAACGUGAACAUUCAUCAUAAGGUAGCAGCUUAAAUGAAAAAGACUGGGUGCCUGUUUUCUAGGUAGCAUUCUGAUUUUAAGCAAUUAGCAGCCUGCAAACUUAAUGAGUUGCUGCUUUCUCCCCUGUGAAGCACUGUUUCUCAAUAGACUGCUCUAGUGGGGUCUCCUUUGUUUGUGAGUAGCAUGGAGGCAAUACUGAUCUGUAAAUGCUUCAUGAAGGCUUCUGUACCCAGUCAUAUCUCCCCACUUUACAACCACCCAAGCUGCUUACAGGCUGGGAGGUGUUCUGGAAAUUCUCUUCCACAGAUUUCUGUAGGAGCUGAAACUGAACUUUUUCUUUCUUUUCCCCCUAUCCUUCACCCCCUUCCUGCUUUCAAAAAAAGCUGCCAAGGUUCAAAAUAGUCCUGGAAUUGUGGCUAUGAAUUUCAUUGUACAGAUCUAAAAUGAUUUGAAUAAA